GAUUCCACUUUUUCUGUAUCCUUAGAGAAGCCCACCACUCAGAUAUGUUUUUGUAGCUGUGGGGUUUACAAGUGACAAAUUGAAAGGCCAUGUUUUACUAAUAGACUGCCUUCUUAGUCCCAGGUACAGCAUAACUUUGAAUUAACAUAAGAAUUGAAUUAGCACUUUUGCCAUAGUUUUAUUUUGUUCAGUAAUACAUGAUUUGUAAUUCUUCUGAAUAUUUUUUUACUACUGCUGCUUAGGUUGUUCCCAUUUUGUACCAAACCAAAAGCUUUUGUUGCCACUUGCUCAAUUUAAAAUUUUCUUUAUGGAUCACUUCUAGCUGUAUCCUCAUUAAUUAAGAAUAGUCAGUAUUAUACUUCACUGGAAGAGGUCAGUGGCAACAUGUCUAGCCCAUGUAGAGCUUACUAUCUCUUUAUACAGUUUAAAAGAUUUUUCUGCAUUUUAAAGUAUGAAAAAUUUCUGUCUUGCAAGCCUGAUAAGGCAACUGUCUCCAAAAAGCUGUGUUACAGGAUGAAUCCUUGUAUCACUGUUUCAAAAAUGUUGCAUGUGUCACUUAGCCCAGUGACUGCUACAAGCAGUAGGGAAUGAGUAUUAUAUUAAUGACCACGUUUGACAGCCUGACUCUGUAAUCUGUUUUUCACUGAGUUUUCAUUUUUAGGCCAACAAUUUUUUAUGCCUUCAUCUGGAAAAAUUAGACUAAUGCAAUUUUCAAAAAUCUAUUAACAAGACUUCUAAUAUUAAAGAUGGCUAUAUAUUCUCAUUAAGUAGGAUGUGCCAUCAAGAGACUAGCCAUCUUGUGCUGUGGUCGUGAAAUGAGGUAGGGUUAGUCUGUGUUCCUGAGCUACAAAGCUCUGAGGAAAGCCUGUGUGCUUCAGGAAGCACUGAGCUCCACUCAGUAGGUGACAUUCUUGUCACUGAUGCUUGCCACCAGUAUCUUCCGGGGUAGUGCUGGCACUAAAGCUGUUUAAAGUUGGUGGAAAUAUAGUAAACCCUUGCCCAUUUGCAAUUUUUAAACAUAUUUAGCUUGGUGAUUGCUGCUUCUUGAAGGACCUGACAAAGCGUGGGGACCUGCAUAUCCAUCUGCUUUUACUGACUUCAUCACAUCCAGGAAAUACAAUCAAAUACAUUAUUUAGUAGAUUCAAUAGAAGAUACUUUUCCUGUUUGUGCAAGCCCAUCUUUCUUUAAAGAUCCUGUUCUGUUUGUGAGUUGAGGUAGCUUAGUCAGGUAUCUGAUAGUUAGAAACUAUGGCUGUAGUGACUACCACACCUGGAUCUUUAUUCUUGCAUAGUAUAGUUGAUAUGUUCCUCCAGCUAAACUCCUAGCUAAACUCUUAACUAAAGUUAAGCAAAACCAUGAUAAAAAAUACCAAAAUCAUUAGAACAUGUCACUGAGUUCCGUGAUAAAAGCCAUUGUGACUUCCUCAGAACCGUACAGAGUGCUCUGCAAUCCACAGAUUUCACAAGUUCAUGUAAUGAUUCCCCUAAAUCCCUCAGGGUAACUACAUAGCUACAGAAUUUUUAGAGUGAAACUUGGCAUUAGUGGUUUUGGACAAAGCCGAAGAAUAAAGUUUAAACAUCUUUUUUUUACUGAAGAUUUGUUGCAGAAUAAAUAUUGUCUAAUAUACAAUAAUCCAGUCUGUAUAAAGUCCCUAGGAACAGCAGAGCUGUAUCUUUUAAUUCUGGAUAAGUGUUACUUCCAAAAACAUCUUCUGAAAUUAUAUAGGUUCCUUUGUUCCCAGUCAUGCAUCUUUCCAUCUCCUUUUCUUUCCAAACACAAUUAAAAAAAUUGAACUCUGUUAUACAUAUAAAUGUUCAAAUAUAAAUGUGUAGAUACUGUCUCCCACUUGGUGACCAGAAGACGAAAGUAUCAAAACCCCCAAUAUUUCUAACAAAUUAUGAAAGAAAAAACAAAGUUGAACCCUGCAUUCAUAUCCAUGUGGGGGAAAAAACGUCUUUGGACAUGCAUCUUUCUCUUUCUGACCAAGUUUCCUGGUGGAAAAUUGGGGUGGAGGGAAAAGGAUAAUAUGUAAACUAGCUAGCACUUUUCAAAGUUUUAUGAAUAAUUUUUUUGUAUUAGGGUCCUUGGACUUCUGGGAGCAGUCAUUUUCUGGGAGUACAUAAGUUUCUAAGACAAUGCACAGUGGGCAAACCAGAAUGGGCUAUGAUGUAUUUAUAGAGAGAGAAUCUCUAUAACUCUAUGCCUCCGAUGCAAAAGUUUGAAAAACUGAUCUGAAGUUAUGCUUUAAGAGGUGUUUUAAUGGAGUUUCUCAGAAGUUGCUAUAUAGGCAUUCAGCAGGGAUGCUUACUAUGUGUACAGAAGGCAGAAAUGUACCUGAGGUUGUCACUGCGCAUGUUUUCCAAAAAUAUGGUGCAAAGCCACUAGCAUUUGAAAUGCCUAACAGGAGAUCUUGAGUAAUAAACUAAAACAAGUUUAUUAUUAUUAUUACUUGUUUUAGUUUAUUGUUUGGUUAGGCAUGUGUGUAUAAGCAUUAUGAAAACAUGUUGAGAUUGUUUCCUACUAGUGAAGUAGUGCCUUACCAAGAAAUUGUGUCGGCUUUGUAUAGCAAGUUGUCUUUUUCAGUGUUGUCUGUUUCAGUUCACAUGACUGGACUUUGUAUCCAUUUACUGACAAUCAACGUAGAGCCAUCUUGUUUCAAAACCAGGGGCAGAAACUGAAACAAUUCCGUGCUGCAAGGAUGCAGACCUGUGUUAAAUCCCUGUCAGGCCAGCAGCCGAGGUUGCUUUAACACUUGGAGAGCCACAGUCGGCAAUAGGGAGUGCUGUGUACUGCUGACCAGUGGAAAAGCCUAUGUUGUGGGGAAAGAAGUCAUGCAGGAUGAAAACAUCAACAUGCAGCAGAAUCAGGAGUUGUAAUGGUAGAGUGCUAGUGAUAACAGCAAUAUCUGGGCAAGCAGAUUUGGAGGAGUCGACUAGAGGCAUCCAAGAGGAAGAAGAUGAGACUCCUUUUAUUUCUAAUAAUUUGCCAGUGUGCCAUAAACAGUGUCAAAACACACAGUGCUUCAAAUCCCAAUGUCAUUUUACUGAUGGCUGAUGAUCUUGGUAUUGGAGACCUAGGAUGUUAUGGGAACAGAACCUUAAGAACCCCUAAUAUUGACAGGCUGGCAGAGGAAGGAGUGACACUUACUCAGCAUAUAGCAGCAUCCCCGCUUUGUACUCCAAGUAGGGCUGCUUUCCUGACUGGGCGAUAUCCUAUCAGAUCAGGAAUGGCUGCCUUCUCACGAGUUGGUGUCUUCUUAUUUUCUGCUUCUUCUGGGGGACUUCCUUCUGAAGAAAUAACUUUUUCCAAACUCCUGAAGCAGAGAGGUUAUGCAACAGCUUUAAUAGGAAAGUGGCAUCUUGGGAUGAACUGUGAAAGCAGCAAUGACUUCUGCCACCACCCCCUGAGUCAUGGAUUUGAUUACUUUUAUGGGCUUACUGUGACCAACUUGAGAGACUGCAAACCUGGUCAAGGCAGCGUAUUUUUAAAAGGGGUUCAGAAAUCCCUUGUCAUCCCAAUCCAAAUCACUGGAAUCACCCUGGUCUCUUUGGCAAUAGUGCAGUACAUUGGCCUUCUCAGAGUACCUUUCCGAGCACUGGGUUACUGCUUGUUAAUAACUGCCAUUUCACUCACGGUUUUGAUUUUCUUCUUCUAUCAUUUUCGGUACUUCAACUGCUUCUUAAUGAGGGACCAUCAGAUUAUCCAGCAACCGCUCUCCUAUGAGAAUCUUACUCAGAGACUGACAAAGGAAGCUGUACAGUUUAUAGAAAGGAACACUGAUGCACCAUUUCUUCUUGUCUUGUCUUAUUUUCAUGUCCAUACUGCUCUAUAUGCUUCAAAAAAUUUCAGAGGAAAGAGCAAGCAUGGUUUAUAUGGGGAUGCAGUGGAAGAAAUGGACUGGAGUGUAGGGCAGGUUCUGAAUGUGCUGGACAAAUAUCACCUGAGUGAUAAAACUCUUGUUUACUUUACGUCUGACCAAGGGGCUCAUGUUGAAGAAAUCUCCAGUUCUGGAGAAGUCCACGGAGGAUACAACGGCAUAUAUAAAGGUGGAAAAUCAACGAACUGGGAAGGAGGUAUUCGUAUACCAGGGCUUCUCCGUUGGCCUGGAGUGAUACAGGGUGGUGCCUAUCUUGAUGAACCAACAAGUAACAUGGAUAUAUUUCCUACCGUAGUCAAACUUGCUGAGGCACAGUUACCCUCUGACAGAAUUAUUGAUGGACAUGAUCUGAUGCCCUUACUUCAAGGAAAAGUUACCCGAUCCAACCAUGAAUUUCUCUUCCAUUACUGUAAUGCAUAUUUAAAUGCAGUGCGCUGGCAUCCAGGAAACAGUGAAUCUGUCUGGAAAGUCUUCUUCUUCACUCCAAACUUCAGUCCUGAAGACUCGAAUGGUUGCUAUGAUUCUCAUGUUUGCUUCUGCCAUGGAAGAUUCAUCACGCGGCAUGAUCCCCCACUGCUUUUCGAUCUCUCCAGAGACCCUGAAGAGAAAGUCCCACUGACUCCAAAAACAGAGAGAGGUUUCUAUGAAAUCCUCAGGGUCAUACACCUAGCAGUAGAAAACCACAGCAGAUCCCUGCAUCCUGUCCCUAACCAGCUGUCAUGGGACAACCUCCUCUGGAAGCCAUGGCUACAGCUGUGCUGCUCAUCUCUCUUUCAGUCUUGCUACUGUGACCAUGAUUCAGAAAGGAGCCUGCUGGAGGUCAACUCAGGAUAAACAAGCUGCAAUUCCCUUUCAGCAACUGGAACAAGAGAGUGUGGGUUGCUGACUUGAACUAUUGUGGUACUAGACUUCAGAAUGUUUUGUUAUGUAGGAGCACCUGUCUUCAAAUACAUCACUGAAGAAGAGAAUUUCUGUCAAGAAAACGUGCCAAGAGAAGGAGGGCAAGACACACCUUUUCUAUCUUUAUAAUACAAGAACCAGUAUGAAGCACAUGCUGCCAUCCUCAUCUAUCAAUGGGCAGGCUGUAGGCAUUUUCGAGAUGAGAUAAUUAUCUAGAUCUUCAGCUUUGGUUUUCUUCUUUCACAGCAAGAAAUUUACCACUAAAUGCACACUUUCCUGUCCUUUUUGCUAAGUAUUAUCCAGUAUUAGUAGGACAUUACAGGGCAAUUAAAAAUACAGAGAUAAUAAUGGAGGUCCACCUGUUACUAUAAUUUAGUAAUCAAUUGAUAGGUAAAGAGGACACUUGCAACAGCAUCUCUAUCAACAAGUGUCACAGACAGACUGAGAAAGUUGGGGCUGUUCAGCCUGGAGAAGAGAAGGCUGCGUGGAGACCUCAUAGCAGCCUUCCAGUA